AAAAAGUGUGAAAGAGAGAAAAAGAGAAUUUAAGGGGUGUGGGUUAUGAGCUGAUUAUUGGUACAUGUACGAAAGGAAAGUAUACAGUGUUGUUUAAGAGCGUUUAACGAUGGUGUUCAUGACCUUGUGUGUGAUACUCUUAGUCUUGUCCAAAGGAUGCCUCUCUCAACUGGAUGUCUGUGGCAUAUCUACUCUAAACACCAGGAUAGUAGGAGGACAGAAUGCUGUUUCUGGGUCUUGGCCUUGGCAAGUCAGUCUGCAAGUGAAUGAAAGCCAUUUCUGUGGUGGAUCCCUCAUUAGUAAUGGCUGGGUCCUCUCGGCAGCUCACUGCUUUAAAAGUUACACAUAUAAUCAAGUGACAGUAAAACUGGGACUGUAUUCCCUGGCUGGAAGCAAUCCUAACAGUGUCUCAAGAUCCCUCGCUGCAGUCUUUGUACAUCCGGACUACAACAGUCUAACAGUGGACAACGACCUGUCUCUACUGCAGCUAUCUUCUAAUGUAUCAUUCAGUAAUUAUAUCACUCCUGUCUGCAUGGCUGCAACAGGGAGCACUUUUAACAAUGGCACCCUAACAUGGGUUACUGGCUGGGGAGACCUUGGUGUUGAAGUAAGUCUACCAUCUCCUGGGCAAUUACAGGAAGUUCAAGUUCCAAUUAUUGGAAACAGGAUGUGUAACUGUUUAAAUGGCGUUGGAACUAUUAACAAUAAUAUGUUGUGUGCUGGGCUUUUGCAAGGGGGCAAGGACUCGUGUCAGGGUGACUCUGGAGGUCCACUGGUCAUCAAACUGGGCUCUCAGUGGAUCCAGGCUGGGAUUGUGAGCUUUGGUUAUAAAUGCGCUUCCCCAAAUUCUCCUGGUGUGUAUACUAGAGUUUCACGGUAUCAGAAUUGGGUCAGUCAAACAAUCGCCACUAACCGGCCAGGCUUCAUCAAAUAUACAUCCAGUGGCACUGAUAGUGAUCUGCAGGUGUCCUGCAGUGGCUUGCCAAAUGUUCCCCCAACUACUGUAACACGUGUGGUAUGUGGAAGUGGCAAGCUCAAUACUCUUUCAGUAGGAACAGGGAGCCUCUUGGCAUCUGCUGGUACAUGGCCAUGGAUGGCCAGCCUGCAUCUUAACGGUAUACAUGUUUGUGGUGGAACACUGAUAGCCCAGCUGUUUGUCAUGAGCUCAGCUGAUUGCUUCUCUAGCUCAAACAAUCCCUCUGACUGGACUGUGAAACUGGGUCGGCUCAAUCAGAUCGGCUCCAAUCCCAACGAGGUCACUGUUGCUGUGGCUGAUAUCACUUUAAGCACAAGUGACAGCAAUAACAUUGCAGUGCUAAAGUUGUCUACCACCGCUACUCUUUCCGACUUCAUCGAGCCCAUAUGUCUGAAUCUGGGAACUACCAGCUACAAUAUUGGUACCCAGUGCUGGGCAGCCGGCUGGGGCUCAGGAGGAGGAGCACAACAAACACUACAGCAGUUCAACAGAUCUACAGUGGACUGUGGAAAUGCGGCUUCGUCAAGCAGCAUCUGCAUAGAAGCCAUACCAUUAGAACAGACUGAAAGAGGAGGUCCUCUAAUGUGUAAGAUCGGGCAGAUAUGGAUCCAGAUUGCAGUUUUAAACCUCACAAAAAACAGCAAAAACAGCAUCACUAAAUCUAUCAACAGCCUAAACAGCACCACUAAUUCUUCUACCAGCUCAAACAGCCCCACUAAUUCCACCAACAGCUUAAAUGGCAAUAGUGGCUCCACUAAAAUCUUGUUGGAAGGGUCCCCUCGUGCCACGAAUAUACAGACCUUUACUUUAACAUCUAGCUUCUCAGCUUUCUUGAUGUCUGAAGUGGGUUCCUUCCCUCUACCUGCAAUAUCCAGCAGCACAUCUUCUGGCGAAGAGGUUGUGUCAUCCCUUUUAUUUACCUCAGUCCUUCUAAUGUCCCUUCUUGCCCUCAUCCAAACCUUGGGGUAUGAAUAAAGACCUCUAGUAAGCCAAUGUAAGUAAUUAUAAAAAUU